UCACUCGUGUUCCUCCACCUGUCUUUCAAAACUACUUCUCUUCUGUUCUGUCGCGCAAAAACCUCACACUUCACAAAUUUUGGGGAUCUUCACAUAAACAAAGAAAAAUAGUUUCCAUUUUUCGAGUAAAACAAAGCUCCACCCACAUCGUCUUCAUCGAUGGCAUCUCGCCGCCGCAUGUUACUCAAGGUCAUAAUCCUCGGAGAUAGCGGGGUUGGUAAAACAUCCUUGAUGAAUCAGUAUGUGAAUCGUAAGUUUAGUAAUCAGUAUAAGGCUACAAUUGGUGCGGAUUUUCUUACCAAGGAAGUUCAAUUUGAAGAUAGGUUGUUCACAUUGCAGAUUUGGGAUACUGCUGGUCAAGAACGGUUUCAGUCUCUUGGUGUGGCUUUCUAUCGGGGUGCGGACUGCUGUGUCCUUGUUUAUGAUGUAAAUGUCAUGAAAUCUUUUGACAACCUCAACCAUUGGCGAGAAGAAUUUCUUAUCCAGGCUAGUCCAUCUGACCCUGAAAACUUCCCAUUUGUUGUCUUGGGAAACAAAAUAGAUGUUGAUGGUGGGAAUAGCCGAGUUAUUUCUGAGAAGAAAGCAAAGGCAUGGUGUGCUUCAAAGGGAAACAUACCAUACUUCGAGACCUCUGCAAAAGAAGGAUUCAAUGUUGAAGCUGCUUUCCAAUGUAUAGCAAAAAAUGCACUCAAGAAUGAACCAGAAGAAGAAAUGUAUCUUCCUGACACAAUCGAUGUCGGUGGUGGUGGACGACAGCAAAGAUCUACAGGCUGUGAAUGUUAAGUAGACAGAGUUCUGUGGACCAGGUUUACUUGCUUGUUUCAUGCCAACAUACAAGUGCCCCCCUCAUUAUUGAUUAUGAGCUAGCUUCUACUUUAUUGACAAUGUAAAACCAAGAACAAGUUACAAAUUCCAUUUUGUAUCUCGCUAGUGGAUUAGGUGGACAUGUUGGUUAUUUUUGUAUUCAUUCCUUUGCCUUUAACGUUUGUUACAAAUCUUCCCCCGAAUCAGGAAAUGUAUUGAAAAAAGUUGUGUGCGGUUAUGGGUUAUGACAUUGAUGUUCCUAGUUUAAGUAUUGGCUUUUAAAUA